UUUGUUGUAGGACUAUGCAACGUUAAGAAAUGCUCUAAUAGCAGCAACUGUAUUCUAUCUCCUGAUGGACGGACUUGUAAGUGCGCCAUGAGAUAUUAUGGAGAUCUUUGUGACAAAGUUGCUUUGAUGAACGUACUGUGCGGGAAUAACUUCAUUACCAUCUCAAUCAUCGAGGACUUUUUCAAGUAUUACAAAGUGCCAGUGGAAUCUCUGCACUUGGCAAACCGGAGUUGCAGAGCACAUAAGGAAGUGAUCUCUGAUGUUCCCUACUACAUGGUGCAAACGUCCAAAGACCGAUAUGCAGCCUGUGGAGGCAAACCUCUGGAGAAAAAUAUCACACACAUUGCAUAUUCCCUAACACUGGUGUCCGAACCAAAUGUACGUAAGAAUAUCAUCAGAGAUCCAACUGUGAAGAUUGAAUACACAUGUGUGUAUCCCUAUAUACGAGCAGUCAGUCUACCCGUUCCCGUUAAUCCCUUCUCCAGUGAGAGAGUCGUGCGGGUUGAUGAGUUGGAUGCAAGGGUUGAGAUGACCCUGUUUAAAGACCACACCUAUAUGGAUGCCUUCACCAGCGCUCCAAUGAUUCAUCUCGGGAACAGGGUGUAUGUUCAGUUGUCUGUCACAGAGCCCAAGGAUUUCUUCCUUUUGAAUGUGAAGGAGUGCUGGGCUUCGCAGUCACCAGCGCACAAUGAAACAGGCGUGACUCAUACAUUACUUCUGAAGGGGUGUGCGGAUGAUGAGACGGUAAUAUUUGAAAAUGGGACUAUGAGUGAAAUUGGUGGAAAUGGCAAGAGUUCCAUGAUCCGCUUCUCCUUCAGUAUGUUCCGCUUUGCAGAUGAGCCAAGACUUCUCUACAUCCACUGCAAAGUGCACCUGUGUGCCCCAGAUGAGCCUGAACCAUGCAUACCAGAAUGUAACGAGCAAACCAGACAGCUUACCAAACGAGCAGCUGUAACAGUGGACCCAACCCAAGGACUUCUAACUUACGGUCCAAUUAAAAUUGACAUCACAGAAACUACUAAACCUAAGCUGUUGCUUAUGCUGAUGCUUCCUGUGGGUACAGUCUGGGUCCUGGGUUUGUUUCUUCUCAUCCUCAUCACCUUUGCCAAGGCUGGAACCAGAAGAUUGCCUUCCUUUUCAACUAUUUAGAUGACUCAAAUAAAAAAAAAAUUGUAUUUUA